UUACUGUACAUGGUAGCUUCCAGACUGUCUAAAUAUAGCACAAGUCCAAAUAUGACACACCAUUGCCACUCACUGCCGAUCCCCAUGUACGAUGUAUUACCCUCGGAACACGGUUUCACAAUUAUUAACAGAAUUUUAACAACAGUGUUUUGGAAUAGCCUCUAUUUGAAACACCUUAGGUGGCGCCAAUAUGCCUUAUCUUUACAACAAAAUAGAGCACGAACGUGUUUCAUGUCGCAGUGUAACAUGACAAUGCACAUAGCAAACUAUUAAAAACUUCCUUCUAAAAAUGACAGAUAUCGGAAAAAAGUGAUGGUUUAUCACGAUGCACCUCAAGCAUGCAAAAGUGGACAGGAAUAGCUUGUUUUUGCUUGUUGUUUCACGCCGCACUCAGUACCAUUCCACCACUAUGGCAGCGGUCUUUAUAUAAGCUGUACCAAACAAAUAGCACCCGGAGCAGUGCAUGCCGUUAUCUCCUGAACGACAGACUUUGUCACGUGAUCUUCCUUGAUUAACUUUGGGACAGUUCCAUAUGUUGUACAGUUUUGCGUCUAAAAGUAAUAGGUGUCAUGAUUGUGGAUGUUGUGUUCCUGUGUAUCCUGCUGUUUGGGUCACUCUCAGGAUUUAUCCUGCCCACGACAAAGCCAGAAGGUACAGAUGACAUGUCCACAAUGAAGAGACACGUGCUACUGUUGGAGCAGAAUGUGGACAUCCUUCAAAGAACGUCCGCGCAGCUUCGAUCAGAUCUAACGGCAACAAUGACAGAUCUUCAGAACACACAGACACAACUACAGACCGCACUGUCAGACCUACAGACCAGCAAGACACAACAAGGGUUCGCAGCUCUUGAGAUAUCCUCACUGAAAAACGAAGUGAAUAUCCUGGAGGGCAAGCUGAAAUUGUCAGCAGACGACAUUGCUGCAGUCCAAACGGAGUUAAAUCCAUGCCACACGGUAGCUCGAAUGGCGAUGUUCAGUUGA